GGCAUACUUUAUUUUAUAUUUUACACUUUAAGUUUCUAGUUCUCCAUUAUGCAUUUCAAACUUCAAACCUUAGUCAUCGUCUAUAUAUAGAUAUUUUAAAUAAACCCACAUAUCCAUAAGCCAAGCAAACCCUAUUAAGUGAGGUUCUCUCUCACCAUCUCGCUACACACCACACCAAGAUGGCUAGCCACUAUAGUACAACACCACAAAAACAUGCUAGUGAUGUGGUUGUAGCGACUCCUUGUGGUGCUUGUAAGAUGUUGAGAAAAAGAUGCGUAGAGAAAUGCAUUUUGGCCCCUCAUUUUCCUCCUACCGAACCGAUUAGGUUCACUAUGGCUCAUCGAGUUUUCGGUGCGAGCAACAUAAUCAAGUUACUACAGGAAUUAAAAGAAUCUGAAAGAGCUGAUGCAGUUAGUAGCAUGGUAUACGAGGCUAAUGCAAGAAUCAUAGACCCCGUUUAUGGAAGUGUCGGAACCAUAUUUCAGCUUCAAAACCAAGUGAAUGAACUUCAAGCACAACUAGCUAAAGCUAAAGCUGAGAUAUUCAAUAUGAAUUGCCAACUUGAAGCCAUGGUUUCCACUGAAAUGUGUCGAUCUUCACAAACAAUAUCCCAACAAAUUUACGAUGAAUUUAAACAUGAUUCAUCUGAGAGCAGUAGCCCUUUUGUCUAUCUUGAUAAUGAUCAAGACUCUUCAUGGGAUAUUAUUUGGGCAUAAAAAGGCUAUAUUUUGAAUGAGAUCCAAUAAUUCUAGAUUCUAAAAGGACAACUCAAAAGACAUAACUAAGUUAUCGUUUCAUUUAUUUGUAGUUUAAUUUAAUUUCUAAAUUGUUUUAGACUAAAAAUAUAUACUUAGAAACACAUAUACAAAAAUAUAUACAUAAGUGCGGAUCCGAAUUUAGUAAGGUUAUGUGUUUUAGGGGUUUUGGUGGGAAAAAAAUGUUGUCACGACGGCGACACAUAGAGAAGAACGCAUAUUUUAGGGUUUUUCCUAUAAAGAAGCACAAACAUUGGGUAUGGCCAGAAGAGGAAAAUGCAGUGAAUUGAAGGAGCUUCCUUUUGAUCAUGAGCCUAGUGGCAAACUCCAGAUUGUCAUUCUUCAAUUUCUAAUUUGUACCAUAUUAGGUUUAAUUAUAUAUGAUUAAGCUUUUAGAUUUUCUAUUAUCAUCAAUACUAGAGAUUUGUUCCAACUAA